AUGGCGGUCCGUACACAAUUUGAAAGUAAUAAUGAUAUUGGUGUUUUUGCCCGAUUAACAAAUGCUUAUUGUUUGGUCGGGACUGGUGCAUCAGAAAAUUUUUAUUCAACAUUUCAAAGUGAACUUAGCGAGCAUAUACCUGUGAUUCAUUCAUCUAUCGGUGACUGCCGUAUUGUUGGUCGUUUAACCGUUGGUAACCGACAUGGUCUUCUAGUCCCAUCUUCUACAACUGAUAAAGAAUUGCAACAUAUUCGUAAUUCUUUGCCAGACAAUAUUCGUAUAAAACGUUGCGAAGAACGACUAUCAGCAUUAGGAAAUGUGAUUGCAUGUAAUGAUUAUGUUGCUCUUAUACAUCCGGAUUUAGAUAAAGAAACUGAACAAAUUCUAACAGAUACACUCAAUGUUGAAUGUUUUCGACAGACAAUAGCCGAUCGUGUUCUUGUUGGUAGUUAUUCAAUAUUUUCAAAUCGAGGUGGACUUGUUCAUCCUAAAACAUCUGUACAAGAACAAGAAGAACUAUCUUCGUUAUUACAAGUACCACUUGUUGCCGGUACAAUUAAUCGUGGUAGUGAUGUUGUUGCUGGAGGACUUCUAGUUAAUGAUUGGAUGGGAUUUUGUGGAUUAGACACAACAGCACAUGAAAUAAGUGUAAUUGAAAGCGUAUUUAAAUUGGGACAAUACUCUUCAACGGAAACAGUAAACAAUAAAACAAUUAAAGAUUCACUUGUUGAUGCGCUAACCUAA